AUGGCAACAAAGGCCCCCUGCUCGCAGGCGAGUCGGUCGCCACGACUGAAGCGGGCGCUGUGUGUUAAGUACAUAAAUUUUUUAAGUUACACAAAAAAAAUUAACCUGAAGGGACCCUGGAACAGAUAUUACGGUUGUUUGUUUCGAACCACAGGACCAGGUGUGACAUCCAUGAAGGGGUUGGUGAGGAGAACCGUGAUGAUGCCUCAUGGAGGAGGACAGUUAGUACGAAACAAAGACAUGUUGUUUGGUAAAUUGCUAAGUCAUGUACUCUCCAAUCCAGUAAAAAUCGCAUCGUUUGAUGUUGAUGGUACGUUGAUCAACCCCACAGGAGAGAAGCACCCGAACAAUGUCCUCAUUAGUAUGGAAGCAUUACACAGCAUCAUUCUGUUAAAAAAAAUACACCAAUAUAAGGUAGUCGUUUUUUCUAACCAGACGAAUGUCUCUUCCCCUUUGUAUGACGCUGCUCAUGUGGAGCAGAACAAGCUCCCAAUCCUCUUCUCCAAAAUGGAACAGUUAAAUGAUGCGCUGCGAUACUUUUAUGCACUUUAUGCAAGUCAGGUGGGGGUUGCACUGAAUGGAGGUGGGUACCGUUCAAUCGAGCGUCGACUUGGGGAACGCCAACGUGGGAGAGGCCGCCCUGCUCACACAAGCAACUGCGCGGUGAACGCUUUCUUUGCAGUAGGGAAAGGCAAUAUCGAGGCCCUGGACAUGUACCCCAAGCCCAGCGAGGGACAGUAUUGCUUGUUCAUAUGUCUCGAGGGGAUCAAAUAUGCACUCAUAUUAAUGAGUUACUUUGGUAAAGCACACAGGACUCUACUGGAGAGGGAAGUAAUGAAGCAGAAGGACAAACCUGUGGCAGAUUUCCUUCAACUCGUCCUCGACAUGUUAAACAAUCCCUUUUUAUGUGCCCUGGUGAAGAAGCUUCGCAGGGGUCUAUUUCACCUGAACAAGGUCAGGUUAUAUGUGUUGGAUGUGUACAUAAAUGCCCUGUUGCACAAGAUGGAGUUAUACACUCGCUUUGGCAGGGAUCACCCUGGGUAUGCGCCCUACAUAGAGUUUUUUUUGAGUGAUGCAGAGUGGGGUAACUGCUAUGCUGGUCGUGUUGGCGUGGUACCCCCUUCCCCGGAGCUUCUCCGUGACGAGAUUUUUCUGGUCCACCUGACCCGCUGCCUGGCGCGCAAAAACGAAAUCAUGAAGCGCCUCGCGUCCACCUUCUCCAGUGUGCUCUUUAAUUUUAAGGAGAGCUUUUACGCGGGGGACAACGUCGGCCGGGACUUUGACAAAUCGGACGUGGACUUCCAGUUUGCCGCACGGGCUGGGAUGAGACUCCUGGAUGAUGGACAAGUACGCCAGAUGGGUGGCCCCAAAGAGGGAUGA